AUGAGGCUGAUUCGUUGUCUUGGUUUCUCUGAUCCUAAAAGUAGUUUUCGCAAAGCAAGAUUAAAAGCAAAACCAAUGGUGAAGGAUACCACUUUUUAUGACAUUUUGGGGGUUAAUGUCCAGGCGUCAUCGGCAGAAAUCAAGAAGGCUUACUAUCUCAAGGCAAAAGUAGUUCAUCCAGAUAAAAACCAUGGGGAUCCAAAAGCUGCUGAAAAUUUUCAGAAACUUGGUGAAGCAUACCAGAUCUUAAGUGAUCCUCAGAAGCGUGAAGAAUAUGACAAGUAUGGAAAGGAAGGAAUAACAGAGGAAUCCAUGUUGGAUCCUGCAGCUGUAUUUGGAAUGCUAUUUGGGAGUGAAUUAUUUGAAGAUUAUGUUGGUCAACUUGCACUGGCUACAUUAGCGUCUUUUGAAAAUGAAGAAGACGUACAAGAUAUGGAAAUGCAACAGCAGAGAAAGCGAGAGAAGAUGAAGGUGCUGCAGAAAGAGAGAGAUGAAAAGCUCAUAACAAUUCUCAAAAUUCGCCUUGAAACAUUUGUUGAAGGCCGGGAGAAUGAGUUUAUAAAUUGGGCCAAGUCAGAAGCACGCCGCCUCUCUACAGCUGCUUUUGGUGAGGCUAUGCUGCACACCAUUGGUUAUAUUUACACGAGGAAAGCUGCUAAGGAGCUUGGAAAGGACAGACGGUAUAUGAAGGUACCGUUUUUAGCAGAAUGGGUACGAGAUAAAGGACACCUGAUAAAAUCACAAGUAAUGACAGCUCAAGCUGCUGUUGCUCUACUUCAAAUAGAGGAGGAUUUGAAGAAGUUGAACGCAGUAGAAAACCAAGAAGAGAGCAUGCAGAAAAUCCUUGAAGAUAAGAAGGAUACUAUGCUUCAAUCACUUUGGCAGAUCAAUGUGAUUGAUAUUGAGAGCACAUUAUCACGUGUGUGCAAUGCAGUACUUAAAGACCCUAGUGUGCCUCGUGAUGUUCUGAAGUCCCGGGCUAAAGGAUUGAAAAAACUUGGAACAGUCUUCCAAGGUGCCAAAGCUGCUUACAGCCGGGAAAACAGCUUGCGCCAUGAAGAUAACAAGGCAGUAAAUGUCGGUUCAUCGAAAAAUUCAUCAUUAACACACCUUCAAAUUGCAGGUCGACAGUCCAAGUUGGCUGAUAAGGUGGAGGUCAGUGCCACUUAUGAGGAAAAAUCAAGCAAGCCAUCGGACAACAAUGAAGUGACAACUAUCCAUGAAAGGCUUCUAAAAGUUAACACCAAAGACUAUGGAAACUAUAAUCCAGCACCGGCUCUUAAUGUUGUGGUGAACAUACCAUGCGGGUUUGAUGAGUACUGUGAAUAUGACAUGACCUCCCUACUGGUGAAAAGAAUCGAAUGCGUACUGCGCACUCCGCGUACUGCAGAAGGCAUCGCUGGUAAGGGAGGAAGACUUGGACCUGGGUUUUGUCCGUUGAGAGUGAUGGUAGUGAAAUUUGAGUUGCUUUUGAACGGUAGAGAGUGUGAGUGA